AUGAUAAUCAAUUUAUUUUUCAGUUAUGGAGUGGUCUUUGUUAGGAGUGAUAUUCGCUCAGCUGCACAUUCUUCCGAUGGAAAAGAUUCUGACUUUGAAAGUCACCAUUCAGUCCGAGUUAAAAGGACUUUACCAGAGGACAUCAUAGAGCAAAAUGGAAUACAACCGAACAACGGUUAGUUGGUUGGUCUGUGUUGGAAUUAAUUUUUUUAACAGCAUUAUUUUUCUCGCCCACACCUUAAACUAACAGGUUUACUUCUUAAAAUGCGUAUAUUUAGAGUCAGAAGAACCCAUGCAUGAUGCAGUGACCAAUGCUACCCAGGCUGAUGCAGGUAUUUUUUUAUGCAUUUCUCAUAUCAUUUGUCAGUUAUCAGAGAUUUCUAUGGUUUAACGUUUGUGUAACUGGAUGUAACUGACACAAUAUGACACAAAGUAAUAUGCUGUGACUAAACUUGUUCAUUAAGCUGUGCAGAUAGGAUCUCGUUAUGUUGUUUGUAUCAGUCCAUUGUACUUGAAAAAGUCGAGGACAGUUGUUAGGUGAAUGAAUAGACAAACAAGUUUAAAAAAAGUACAAAAAAGGAAGAAACGAAGAAUGAAGAAACGAAGAAUGAAGAAACGAAAAAGGGAAUCCCAAAAGUAAGAAUAAAAGAAAGCCUCAGCUUAUAGUUGGCAGUUUGAGAUAAACGUGAAAUGCGUUAAAAGUUACUAAGAGGGAGUAAUGUCAAUUAUAUUCCUUUCGAGAUACGGUGAAGUAUUUUUUAAGGGAACCCUACAGCAGGGCUCCUCAUUUGUUUGACGAAGUUUACACUUGACACUUCAUAUUUAACUUUCUUUUAGCUUCUAGCAAGCGGUUUACAGUAAACACUCGCUUUGGAAGACUGCGUCUUAGAGGUAAGCAACUCACCUUAGGCGUUUUGAAAGCUGGAAAACUUUGAACGGGGCCAAAAUGGCUACAAAAUAUGUGCUUUUAGGGUUAUAGUUUGGAAAAAGUGUCGUGACUGUUUUUUCUUUUUUGGAGUUGCGUGACUGAUAACCUCGUUUUGAAAUUGUGAGCCUCGGUUCCAGUUACGUACCUGGUAAAAAUACGUAUCGGAGACGUUUUUUGAGAGAGCAGAGAUUUUGAGUUGUGUUUUCCUAGUGAUUUGAGGUUUCACUUUGUGAGGAUUAAACCUUUAAUUCAAAAACUAAAGUGAGUUAUUUGGUGUCUCUGGAAACGGAAAUUUGGUUCCCACAAAAGUGUUCAGCACAUUUCUAAUGAGGAUUAUUAUGUCUUGUAGGCCUUGGACGUAAGCCCAGACUGUCCCACAUCUGCUUCAGUAAACGUGAGUUAAAUAUUUAAAUCUCGUCUCUAACCUGACGUCAGGCAUAGCUGACAAAGGCAUAGCUGAGUGCUCACACUUGAUUCCCACCCCAGUUCCUCAAAGAAUUGGAACUAUUUUUAAGAUGUUGAAACAUAUGUGGCGUAAGACUGCAAAACAGUUCAUAAAUCUUAAUUUUCGUAGAAACACGUGCAGUACUCAACCGACUUUGAGCGUUCAAAAGGUCGAAAUACCACGCCAUGAUAUUAACACUUUCUUACUUUUUGGUCUGUAGAUUGGAGGCGACACGUGAAUUUAGUGAACGUUUGUCUAACUAUUCGAGGUUAGUUACAAAGUAGACCUGCUGUUGCAAUUAUUUUGUCAAGGUUUAUAUUAUGACAAUGAAAAAGACACGUCCGAUGUAUAUCUUUAGAAAGAAUAUGCUUAUGUGUAAACAAGGCACUAAACAAUCAACUUAUAACUGAAUUAACAUAAUUUAAAUUAAUUCCCACAGCUCGACGAAGACGACGUUUGCGAGGGUUGCGAGGUAGGCCUAUCUUUGGCGAAAAAGUUUUCUGUUAUCACUGUUUACAUAGGUCGUUAGAUCUUGCACAUCGCUCACUAGAACAAGUUCUUUUUGCCUGUGUCAAAACGUAUUAAAUGUGGCCCCUUAUUCCUACAUGGUUCUAUCAGAAAUGUCUAGUAUCAUUUGACUGACAACAUUGUAUGUGGUUAGUACAUUGUUGAUAGGAAAGAACAUACGAAGCAGAAACCUAAAUGAUACUUAACUUCUAUUCACCGAAAGCCGUAAAGCGCGAAACGAUAGCCACCGUCACUUAGAUGAAUAAUUGUUUUGAUAUACACCAAAAUAGUGAGAUAAUAAGCACAUAGAGCUGAUUUUAAUUCAUUUAUUCUUGCAACGACCACGAUGUUUUCGGGCGCAAAUCCUGCGCGAGUUGCUCGCGGAGGGGAAUUGCAAAGGACAUUCGGAGUUUGAGUGGCCAGUGAGAGCGCGCCUUUAACGCUAUCCGCUGUUUUAGUAUAUACUGAAUUCAUUAUUCUUUGACUUCGUAUCCAGGAUGGCGCCGAAAAAAAAUUCUUUUCAAAGGUCGUUACCGUAUAGUGCGACGAUGGAAGAGACUUUGGAGAGUUCGAAUUGGAAAGCGCUGGUUCCGAGUUCGUCGAACAGGCAGAUAUCAAAUUUAUGUUAUCAACAGGUGGUCGACAUUGAUACGACGUCGUGGUCGGUGGUACGUCAAAUACAAAGGUGUCUUUCACACUAUUAUUCGGCAAGGUAUGCGUUGGUACAUUAGGUAUCGUCGGAAACUUUACCGUCUCCGAAGAAAACCGACUACUUGGCGAAUACGUUUUGGCCGAAGAUGGUGCCGCCUGAAACGACGUAAAAGAAAGUUUUUUAUGUUGUAUGGAAAGCGGUGGAGACCUAUUCGUUCCCACUUCAAAUGGCGCAUUACUUAUCAUGGUAGACCCAUCACGGUCAAGAGGAAAGGAAAUCGUUUCCAACCGAGGUAUGGCGGUCGAAAGCUCAAGUGGCGUCGUGGAUAUCGGCGUAAGUUUGUCAAAAAAUUUUGAUUAGAAGAAAUAGAGUAACUUACAAAAAAUUAUUAUGUGAUCCUCAAAAGUGGCACCUUGUAAUCGUUACAUCUAUCUUUGUAUAUAUCUAUGUAUCUAUCUAUCAUCUUUCUAUCUAUGUAUCUAUUUAUCUAUCCAUCUAUCUGUCUGUCUGUCUGUCUAUUGGUCUACCUACCUACCUAUCUAUAUAUCUAUCUAUCUAUCUGUCUGUCUGUCUAUUGGUCUACCUACCUACUUAUCUAUAUAUCUAUCUAUCUAUCUAUCUGUCUGUCUGUCUAUUGGUCUACCUAUCUAUCUAUCUAUCUAUCUAUCUAUCUGUCUGUCUGUCUGUCUAUUGGUCUACCUACCUACAUCUAUAUAUCUAUAUAUCUAUCUGUCUGUCUGUCUAUUGGUCUACCUACCUACCUAUCUAUACAUCUAUCUAUCUAUCUGUCUGUCUGUCUAUCUAUCUAUCUAUCUGUCUGUCUGUCUGUCUGUCGAUCUAUCUAUUUAUCUAAAAUGGUUGUACUAUUCAGCUGAUUAUACAACUAUUCUUAACUAUUUUCUGUAUGCACUGCUAAUUAAGUUGAAAAUAACUUACAAACCGCACGCAGUCUUCAAAAGAAUUGUUUCUUAACUUUCAUGGGCUUUUUUUCCACAGGAAGACCAGUCCGACGGCGACGAAGAUACAAAGGAAGACGUGAGUGUAACCCUGUGAAGUUAGAGCAUAAGUAGUCUCAUUAUGAUCAAUUUCAACGGUCCAUCGUAAAGUAAUGUUAUGUUAUGUUUUUUUUUUCUAUAACGGAACAAAUGAAUAAUUAAACAUCAGAUUCAUAACUGUAUGUUAUCUCAAAAGUUCGGGUUUGGCGAAACUAUUUCUAACUCCAGCAUACUGUUUUGGAGCCUUAAUUACCUUCCUGGUCAGAAAUCUUUUAUUUUCCUCAGCUGAGUCACGCUAUUCCACGGCGUACCAAAAACGCUCUAGUAAGUGAUUACGUGAAUAAGACUUUCGGCCAAAUUUAGUGAAAAUCGAAAUAUUUCGACUUCAUAACAAGCUGUGCGAUGCUCCUUGGUGACACAACCCACAGCUAUUGGGCAAACACCUCAGUUUAAUUAAAUGAAUUCUUCUUAUUAUUCAAAAUUGUUUUUCUAAAACGUGAAGGUGGGAGACGAAACCGCAGGAGAAACCGAAGGAGAAGAUACCGAAGGAAACGAAGGCGAAGGAGACGAAGAAACAGGAGGAGAAGACGACGGCAAAGGCGAAGAAGAAGACGUAAGAUUAACAAAUAGGUUCAGUGUUAUCAUGCGUCUGUUCAAUAUAUAGUAAGAACGAAAAAGUUGCACAUGUGGCGCAGCCAUGUGUGUCGUGUGUCGAUCAAUUCCAAGUGUCAACAUCCCCCCUUCCCCUUAUUAAACAAUAAAACACGUCUAUUCCGCUGUAAAAAGACUUGACAGUUUCAGUUGAAAUUCCUUACACCGCUCAGACAAUGUUCAAACUCCUCAACCCCCCAACGGUUUAUAGUCAAAUGCCCGUGGGUUGCCUAGGGGAGAUGAAGCUUCGAAAUGAUCGGUGCAUUAUCACUGAUGGUCUUAAGUAAAAGACCCAUUUAUAAAGAGAACCUGAUUUCUAUUUAUUAAAACCACGGUCCCAGUUAGCCUUUGUUUACUGAAAUUUCCUUGGUGUUUAGGAAGGAAGCGUAAAAACUCUCUCGUAGGAAAUAAAAGAUACCUUUUUUCCAAAUAUGAUGCAACACAUUCAUAAGAAAAUAGGAGCAGGGAUGGCGCAGUGGUGAAAGUGCUCACGUCCCACCACUGUGGCCUGGUGUCAGAUGUCGGUUAAGUUUUUCGCUGUUCCGAAAGUUUUUCUCCAGGUCCUCCGGUUUUCCUCCCUCCAUAAAAACCAACAUUCUAUAUUCCAAUUCAUCUUGGAAACCGUGGACAAGAAGAGCCAACUCCUGGAUUGCCCACUGCUAAAUCCCAUUAAUUUGUAAUUUUUUUUUUUUAAAUAAAAUUACAUCUUUCCUAAAACUCUUUCUCGUCGUCUUGUAGGUCGACGACGACGCCGAAGACGAAGGCGGAGAAGGAGACGAAGAAGGAGACGUUAUAAAGGUAAGUUAACCUGUGUAGCUGUGACGAACAAAAGACUUGGUUUUCCAUCACCUUAAAGAGGGUGUCAAUGGAGUGAUGGUCUUUGCGACCGACGGUUAAUUUUACGACUGACAAUCAAUUUCUUCCGUUGCGAUUAUGUGUAAAAAUUUUUACAGCAAACUUUUUUUUUCACUCGACAUAUGGUUCAAAUUUGUCAAUUUUCGACACCUAAAAACUGGUUAACCCCAUUAACCUCGAAGAGAACCUGUCUGGCUGAUAAUUUUUUUCAAAUCAAGACAUGUAUUUACCGCGAACUUUCCUAUGAACCCCCUUCCUAAUGAGCAGUUUUCUCUAAUAAUAUCUCGUUUAAUGAGCUCCCGUCCUCUUGAAAUUGUUUUCUUCUUUUAUACUUGCAUUAGAAUGCCUUGAUUAGUCUCCGUUUUGAUUUUUUGGGGUUUUCAAACUAAUGUACACGGCGGUCAAUAAAGCCGGCGGACAAAAAGAAGAAAAGUAAGGACUCGUACAUUGGCUCUUAUUAGUGAGAUUUUAAUGACCUCCUCUCCCCUCUUAAAAGCCUGAAUCCAAUACAUAAAGUCCCUGUCUCCCCCACUCACGGGGACCCAAUGGAGCUAGUUUACGGUAUUCGCUAUACUGUCGUAAAUUUUCGAAGUCAGCAUUAUAUGACAUUAAUUUUUCUCGUGAUCAUUUUUAUUGCUCUCUUUAGGAUUUACUUACGUGAGUGUUAUCAGUCAAGGUUUCGAAGACCGAAAGUACGGUCCUGGGCGUGGUCCUGUGUUGGGUGGUCGUUCUCGCGCUUACAUCAAGGUGAACGGUGUCGAAAAGUCUCUCGGCCGACGUGGUAUUAAUGUUGUGGUUAUUAGCAAGAGAACAGGUGAACUGUUAUAGCGUAUACUAAUAACUGUUGUAUGGUUGUCUGUUUUUCUCGGCCCUUGUAUGUUGCAGUUACUUUAUUUGUUGGUGAUAAUCAGAGCUUUGUAUUUGCUUUCAUUGGCUUCGAAAAAAUAACUACCUGUACAGAGACGUCGAAAUCACUUGAGAAGCCAAACUACUCAAUAAGCAUCAUAACGAGUUGCUCCGACUCUAUUUUCUCUUGAUAAUAACUACGGUUGACUGUGGAAAUAUGACGAAUUUUAUCUUACAGCGUUUACGUGAAAAAAGUUGUGAAUUGAACUGAAGUUGUUUGGUAGAGGGUUAUAGGAGUGCCUAAGCCGUCAUGACUUCACCCAAUAGCUUACUGUUAAUUCAUCUGUCAAAUGUUUUAGUCUCUCUCAGCCUCUAGGCUUUGGAAAACUUUCUUUGAUUUGAUAAAGUAUUCGUUGAAUAUUAUCAAUUAAAUGAAAAAGGAACUGACACUCAGCACCAUGUGAUGAUUUGUUAUAUACGCUUUUACUUCAUUAGGUCGCACCUUGCGGAGAGUUUCCUUUGACACUCAUGGAAGUGUUAACCACGCUAAACGUUUUUACAGCUAUAUCAAAAAGAUCCCAUAUGGGUAAGUAAAACCUUCCAUAUAUUGUUACGAAACAAAAUAAAUCAAUAUUUAUAUUGCAAUAUUAUGUUUGUAAAGCCCUUCUACAGUCCACUGCCCCCGUCCCCCUCCCCCACUUCCCCGCUGCUUGUAGUCUUGUGCGAGGUGCUGGCAUAUAUAUAAAGUAAAUCAUAGGAAUCAUUAUGAAGAGGUCCCAGAUAGCUGAGCUGAUUCCAUAUUAUCCUGAUUUUAAUUAAUUUAAUUAAUUUAAUUUUGUAGGAGUGUCGUUGCGGUUUCCGUUCAAGAUGAAGCGUUUAGGUAUGGAAAACGAUACCUCAAUGUCUUGAAGAAAAUUGGCGCAAAAGGGAGAAACUUAAGGUUUGGCUACAGGGGUAGUUACGCCCUCAUAGGGUACAAAGGCCAUCGCCGAUGGUGGAUCAGAGAGGCAAGCCGUCGGAAAAGGAGAGGACCCAGUGCAGUGUAUAUGCGUAUCCCUAAAACGAGAAGUAAGAAAUAUCAUUGGUGCAUUUAUUAGCGAACCGCAAAAUAUUUUUCUCUAAAUUGCAUCUUUUCCCAGACAAUGAGAAAUCUUUACUGUAACACAACAACCGUUCAAACUUCAAGGCCUGGUUAAAGACACCAAUAACAUUAGAGGAAAAUGAGAAACAACUUUUGCAACUUUUUGCAAACUAGCUCAGCACUGAAUCAAUUAACAAUUUGUACAGACUAACAAAUCAUGUAUUUUAGCUACUGAAUUUUGCGAUUUCAAAAUGGAUGUAAUAAAUUGGCAAUUGAACUGAAUGGAGUGCAAUUUCGGCCUGAAAUCAUACUUGUGAUUUCAAAUCAAACUUGCACCGGGCGCUCGUUCGAUUUUAAAACCACUCGUAUGGAGUACCUUCUAUAACAUCACCAUACACAUCUGAAAAGAGUUCAAUCUCGAUUAAUUUCAAUCUGACUUCUGUAAGUGCACGUAUAUCAGUUCCCCCUCUGCAUUAAUCAAGCAUUUUACCUAUUAAACAUGGAUUACUCUUUAUCUCAAAAGGACGAGGAUAUGGAAGGCGAUUUAGAAGACGUAUGUAUCAGUUUUUCUGCCAGUAACGUUGAAAACUUUAAAUUUCACUCUAGCUUAUUAAAGUUAAUUUGGAUGUCAUCAAAAAAAUAGCAAAUACAGAGAAGAUCCCAUAAACAAACUUUACUAUCGUACACUUGUACCUCUGCUUAACGGAUGAUGUAAACACAAAUAGCAUUCACACAUUGUCAUCAAGGGAUAUUUACCAUAGACACAAUUUCAAUAUUGGAUUCACUGCUACUGUCCACAAAAAAUGUUCUUCGCCAUCUGGUUUCAGCCAUAGCUAGUGCCAACCUCCUCUCUUCUCUGGCACGGAUCGUCUUUAUCUCAGAUACCUCAAAGAUGACACUAAAAAAUUUCUUCUACCAGUGGAGAUUUAGUCUCCUUUGGUAUUUACGGUUUAAAGGUCAUUAAAACAUUAAUUUUGUGAUUUUAGCACGAAGAGUUAUCAAAUACCAUGGACGGCGCUGUGUGGUUAGGAGAAGAAGGAGAUAUGUUGUUCGCUUGGGCCGAAAGAAGAAGAUCAUUCGACGAUUUUUAAGUAAAAUAAGAAUCAAGUUGUUACGAAAAUACAGGAAGAUAAAGCGCAUCGGUGGCCGUUGGAGGGUGCGUAUAAAGCGACGUUGGUGUGGGCUGCGAAAACGCGGUAAAGGCUGGUUUUAUCGUUGGCGGAGACGUUGGAAGAAAAUAAGACGCGUUAGACUGACUUGUCGUAUAAGAGGUCGACGACGCAGGGUUCGACGCCGACGAAGGAAGUGGCUUGUUCGAGUCAAAAGACGCUGGAGACGUUGCAAGCGUCGUGUCACGAGAUACAUCAGGUAUCGAAAGAAGAGAGUCAUCGUGCGGAGAGGUAGAGGAGGGUACCGUGUACAACUGAGAAACGGCAAAUAUGGAAAAACAAGGAGGUUCAGAACUAUUUACCGCCGUAAGUAUUGAAUUGAGAAAGACCGGAAUUUAUGGUGAAGGGGAGGGGUAAAUAGUGACGCUAUUGAAGGUUGCAAAGAAUGCUUGCACAUAAUUUGCUUAUGUGCCUCACCUGAGUGAUGUUUUGUAAGUGCACGUUGCAAGCUAGCAUAUAAUUCAUUAUCUCUUGUUCUUUAAUACAGGCAAACGACGCUAUCCGAUCAGACGAAUACCACGAAGUAGGUUUUGUAAAAUUUGCCUUUUUCAUUUGAUGUUGUUCUGACUGGCAAAGCCCCGAAAUAUCCUCUCGUUCGCGAAAACACCGUCUUUCUCAAAGGAAUAGCAUUCUCAUCAGUUAUGCUAUGUCAUAAAUUUCUUCAUCAAGAGCGCUUAAUUCCAUUAAGAGAGGAGUGAAUCUAUAGGAAAAUUUUCUUUUAGUAAAAAGGCUAUUCCGAUUUUAAAAAGCUAUCUAUCUUUCCAGCUGCGGACAAGAUUCGCUAACUAUAAGGAUGUUAGAAAAGCGUGAUAUUUUCAAAAAUGUAUAAUCGAGGCCUUUUUCGUUUUGUUUUACAGAAAGAUUAUCUAUUUCUGUUGAAAGUCAAGGCUUUGUUGAUAAAAAAAGGGGACGCACAUUGUACGGACGCUCGCGGGCCUACAUCAGAGUCAAUGGAAGAGAUUACUCUCUACACAGGCGUGGUUUUAAUGUCGUUGUUAUCAACUACAAAACUGGUGAGGACGUGUAUUUUUACAAUUAUGAAGAAUACUUUAAGUCCAAUAGUGAUAGUUAUGAUUAUGGCAUGUGAGCGCGAAGGGCCAAACUGUGGGCAGUGCCUAGCAACAAGUAGCUUUAGCGAAAAAAAACCAAAGUUGGCCAAAAACUGCAUAUAUUUUAACCGCCAUGGCCCCGCGUGCAUUUCACUUCAAAAUCACAGUGUGAGCGCCGUUUGCGAUGGCGUGAGCCGGGCUUAACAUUCCCGUGCGGCCCCCCGAGCUUUGAGCUUCGAGCAGAAAGAAUUCUUAUUGAUUGAGUAACGUCGGGCCGAACGGGUAAAUGAUAUGCAAUACCUUUAUCAACGCCCCCUAAUUCUUACUUACAUCUGUAGUAAUUCAUUGCUACAGUUGAUAGUCGCACGGGAAAAUGCCAUAAUAGAAAUGAUCGCUAAACAGAAAUAGUUUGCAGUACAGGCGUUAUAUUUAGGAGCAUAAUUAAGGAUAACAAAUAAACAAUGGGCAGAGUUGUCAAAUCUAAUUUCGAUAAUAGUGGAUAGGAUGACGGCUCUUUAUUCUCGUGUAUCAACCUCCGUCACCUAGAGAAAUUUCCAGUUCUCCCCAAUCUUCCAAUGUUUUGAGGAUCCGAGAAGGCAGCUACUCAGUUUCCACAGAGCUACCAAGCGUUUUCCUGAAAAUAAAGAUACAAAGCGCCUUAAUCUGGGCUUAGAAAAAACCAAUUGCGGAACUCAUGCAUUACUGAUAAUUUUAUCAUUAUAUUGCAAAGGACGUAUCGAGGCAAGGCGAUCUUUUGACACUCAUGGCAGCAGGAAAGCAGCAAGGAGAUUCAAGAGCUUUAUUUACAGAAUCAGGCGUGGGUAAGUUCAUUUUAACCUCUGUCCUUAUAUUGUUAUACAUGGAGGCACAAAUUUGCUCAAGGUCAAGGGCACAGGUUUUUCAUACGGAUAGACCGGUAAAAAACUUAUUCAGUUUUUUUUGCUGGUUUGCUUAGCCGCGAAUGGCGAGGAAAACAGUUGCGAACCGUUGUCAAUAUUGUAAAAGCCUGACCGUGAAAAAAGAACGAUUGUGAAAUAAAUUUUCAUGCUUUCAUAAGUUAUGUUCUAUAAUGCUGCAUCGCCGCGGCUUGCAAUAGAACGGAGUAACUGGUGUUUUUGUCUUGUUGUAAGGGCUUUACAUGCGUCCAUAUUUGCAAUAACAUUUUAAAAUUAUGAUUUUAAAAAUUGUGUCUGAUUAUACUGUACGGGGUAAGACGGGUUUGAAUUAGAUACCACGAUCUCAAACAGCUUUUUUGUCAUAAACAGGGUUUGGUUUUUACGGCAGCAUACCCCCUCUACCCCCUCUUAUACUUUCUCUACGUAUUCAACUCCCCCCCCCCUCCCCCUGCUAUCAAUAAUGGUAAAGUUGCGAGCUAAAAAAAGUAUCCCAUAAUACAAUGAUGGCCUCUCAAUGAUUACAGGAGGAUUGUUUUAAUCGCCAUCCAAGAUGAAGCAUAUCGGUUUGGAAGAUAUUACAAGUACGUCUUCAGAAGGCUUCGCAUCAACACACGCGGAAUAAGACUCAGUUACAGAAGUAGUCUUGCCUUGAUCGGUUAUGUGGGUCGGCGUAGACCAUCCUGGCUUAAAUAUAUGAGUCGACCUCAAAGACGAGGCCCAAGUUACGCAAGGAUUCGCAUCAAAACAAGGGGUACAUAAAAUAGAAACUAAAUAAGAAACUAAAUUUUUUUUAUUGCCUCAUUUAAAUGUUGAUUUUUAUGUGGUCUUCACUGAAAGUUAGCAUCUAACUUUUCUCUGUUCUCAUCAUAGGUGGAAGACAAAGACCUAGGAGAUCAGGAAGUAUGUUUAUUAAAAUUUGAUGUUGUGAUUGUUAAAUCUCCUAAAUGUGUCUUUAUUUGCGAAAAUAACGUUUUGAUUACACAAGCACAAAUCAUCUUAAUUGCCUUUUUCAUUUGAUGUUGUUCUGGCCGGCAAAGCCCCGAAAAUAUCCUCUCAUUCGCAAAAACACCAUCUUGCUCAAAGGAAUAAAAUUCUCAUCGGUUUUGCUAUGUCAUAAAUUUCUUCAUCAAGAGCACUUAAUUCCAUUAAGAGAGGAGUGAAUCUAUAGGAAAAUCUUCUUUUAGUAAAAAAGCUAUUCCGAUUUUAAAGGGCUAUCUAUCUUUCCAGCUGCGGACAAGAUUCGCUAACUAUAAGGAUGUUAGAAAAGCGUGAUAUUUUAAAAAAUGUAUAAUUGAGGCCUUUUUCGUUUUAUUUUAUAGGAAGAUUAUCUUUUUCUGUUGAAAGUCAAGGCUUUGUUGAUAAAAAAAGGGGACGCACAUUGUACGGACGCUCGCGGGCCUACAUCAGAGUCAAUGGAAGAGAUUACUCUCUACACAGGCGUGGUUUUAAUGUCGUUGUUGUCAACUACAAAACUGGUGAGGACGUGUAUUUUUACAAAUAUGAAGAAUACUUUAAGUCCAAUAGUGAUAGUUAUGAUGUACAUCGUCCACGUUACAGAUUGGAAGGUUAAUUUCUCUUUACUUUUCAUUUACGGCAUGUGGGCGCGAAGGGCCAUACUGUGGGCAGUGCUUAGCAACAAGUAGCUUUAGCGAAAAAAAACCAAAGUUGGCCAAAAACUGCAUUUAUUUUAACCGCCAUGGCCCCGCGCGCAUUUCACUUCAAAAUCCAAGUGUGAGCGCCGUUUGAAAUGGCGUGAGCCGGGCUUAACAUUCCAGUGUGGUCCCCCGAGCUUUGAGCUUUCUUAUUGAUUGAGUAACGUCGGGCCGAACGGUAAAUGAUAUGUAAUACCUUUAUCAACGCCCCCUAAUUCAUACUUACAUCUGUAGUAAUCCAUUGCUACAAUUGAUAGUCGCACGGGAAAAUGCCAUAAUAGAAGUGAUCGCUAAACAGAAAUAGUUUGCAGUACAGGCGUUAUAUUUAGGAGCAUAAUUAAGGAUAACAAAUAAACAAUGGGCAGAGUUGUCAAAUCUAAUUUCGAUAAUAGUGGAUAGGAUGACGGCUCUUUAGGCCCCGUUCACACGUAUCCGGAUAAAUUUGAAAACGGAUAAAUAUUUAUCCGUUUUCAAAUUUAUCCGCGUCCACACGUUGCCGUUUGUGAAUCGUUUUUGUGUCCACACGUAAACGCAAAAACGAAUUGAAAACGAUGACGUCGCCUACUAAGCAUGCUCUUUAGAGCAAAACAUGUGCCCGCAGUCUCGCGUAUCCUGAGCCUGAACUCUCUUGGCUGUGCUCUUGGGCCUCUCAAACUUAUCAACAGUGUUCGCAUGGCCAGAAAUCCGUGACAGCAUGGCCGCCACGCACGCGCAUCGAUGUCGAACUCGGUCUUAGGUUACAAACGAGUCGCAAAAUCACUACAAGGAAAACAGUGCACUUUCAGCUCAUUAGUACCGAAACUAGAGCUUGUUUAUUCGCCAUGUUUUCAUUAAUGGUCGAUCGGCCGAGAGCACGCGUUGGACUAGGUUUUAAUUGUUACGUCAUCGUUUUCAAAUCGUUUUCAAAUUUAUCCGGAUAAGGCGUCCACACGGAGACGCUUAGUCAGUGUUUUCAAAUUUAUUCACUCUGGAGAGCGUUUUCAAAUUUAUCCGUUUCCGGUGUGUGAAAACACCGUUUACGUGUGGACGGAACCCGUAACCGUAUAGAUAUUUAUCCGUUUUCAAAUUUAUCCGGAUACGUAUGGACGGGGCCUUAAUCUCGUGUAUCAACCACCGUCACAUAGAGAAAUUUUCCGUUCUCCCCAAUCUUCCGAUGUUUUUCGGACCCGAGAAGGCAGCUACUCAGUUUCCACAGAGGUACCAAGCGUUUUCCUGAAAGUAAAGAUACAAAGCGCCUUAAUCUGGGCUUAGAAAAAAUCAAUUGCGGAAUUCAUACAUUAUUGAUAAUUUUGUCAUUAUAUUCUAAAGGACGUAUCGAGGCAAGGCGAUCUUUUGACACUCAUGGCAGCAGGAAAGCAGCAAGGAGAUUCAAGAGCUUUAUUUACAGAAUCAGGCGUGGGUAAGUUCAUUUUAACCUCUGUCCUUAUAUUGUUAUACAUGGAGGCACAAAUUUGCUCAAGGUCAAGGGUACAGGUUUUUCAUACGGAUAGACCGGUAAAUAACUUAUUCAGUUUUUUUGCUGGUUUGCUUAGCCGCGAAUGGCGAGGAAAAAAAUUGCGGACCGUUGUCAAUAUUGUAAAAAGCCUGACCGUGAGAAAAGAACGAUUGUGAAAUUAAUUUUCCUACUUUCAUAAUUUAUGUUCUUUAAUGUUGCAUCGCCGCGGCUUGCAAUAGAACGGAGUAACUGGUGUUUUAGUCUUGUUGUAAGGGCUUUACAUGCGUCCAUAUUUGCAGUAACAUUUUAAAUUAUGAUUUUAAAUAUUGUGUCUGAUUAUACUGUACGGGGUAAGACGGGUUUGAAUUAGACACCACGAUCUCAAACAGCUUUUUUGUCAUAAACAGGGUUUGGUUUUUACGGCAGCAUACCCCCUCUACCCCCUCUUAUACUUUCUCUACGUAUUCAACUCCCCCCCUCCCCCCGCUAUCAAUAAUGGUAAUGUUGCGAGCUUAAAAAAAGUAUCCCAUAAUACAAUGAUGGCCUCUUUAAAUGAUUACAGGAGGAUUGUUUUAAUCGCCAUCCAAGAUGAAGCAUAUCGGUUUGGAAGAUAUUACAAGUACGUCUUCGGAAGGCUUCACAUCAACACACGCAGAAUAAGACUCAGUUACAGAAGUAGUCUUGCCUUGAUCGGUUAUGUGGGUCGGCGUAGACCAUCCUGGCUUAGAUAUAUGAGUCGACCUCAAAGACGAGGCCCAAGUUACGCAAGGAUUCGCAUCAGAACAAGGGGUACAUAA